AUGACUAUCUCGCUCGCUAUCUACCAAUCCGACCACAUCGCCAAGCGCUUUACCACAGUCGGAUAUAUUAUGGCCAUGAUUGCUUUCUUCAGCAUGGCUAUGCUCCCGCGCGCCAAGUAUCUCGAAGGGCUUGUCUUGAACAUCUUAGCCACUUGCCUUGGAUCCGCCCUGUCUCUCCUUACCAUGUAUUGCGGAAUUAAAGCUCGCCAGCACACAACCACGUCGGAUUCAACAGCCUCCUACAACUCCACACAAGCGGCAGUUUGUGCGCUUUGGUUCUUUUGCACGCAAUGGGCUGCAGGAACCCUACGGGCCAAAGUUCCACUCCUUCAGAAUUGUGUUUACAUGUUCAGCGUCAUGACGAUGAUCACCAUGACCUACGCCCCUCGCUUCCAUACCAUGGACCAAGCUAUCUCUUUGGUCGUGGAGUUACUCGAGAUAUUCUUCAUUGCAUUUGGAAUCGCGACUGCAAUUGCCUACUUUGCAGCCCUACAGGAUUUCAUAGCGAGGCAAUCCACGUACUAUCGAGCCUUAGGAAUAAUUGAGCAGCCAGUCAAUGGGCAGCUGAGGGGGAAGAACGAUGCCGGCAAAGAAAGACCGUUCCCCGAGCGAGAAGCUCUGUACGAGAGCCUCAACCAACUGAUCGCUCUUCAUAUGGAAUUAUAUACCGACACGAUCAGCGCUAAGCGAGAGGUGGCCUAUGGCAAGUUAAAUGCCGACGACCUACACCAACUUUUUCGAGCCUUUCGAGCGAUUCGCACCCCAAUGGCUGGUAUAAAAACUAUCAUUCAGUUAUUUGAUGGGGUUGAUUUCGAAAGGCCAAUCGUCCAGGGAGAAAGAGGAAGAAGCGACCCGACGGUAGACCAGCAGCGUGAAUUGCGACAGUUCUGGAACCAUGUCAUGUCGAAAAUGCAUGAACCAUUCACAGAGAUUGCCCAGGUCAUCGAUGAAGGACUGCAGCACGCGGUAACCGUCCUCGAAUACAUGCCGAACCAGAACAGAACCCCCGACGUUGAGUGCCAGAAGCCCGGUUCUCCUAAUUUCGCAGACUACAUGAGUCGGAAGAUUCGGGCGUUCCGAGGUCGUCAAAGUGAGCUUCUCAGUACAUGGACUGAAGGGAACGAGGGGGCAUCCAGCGCAUGGGACCCCAAGCAUAUAUACAUCUUCCUUCAAGCCGGGAACCUCAUGUACGGUAUUGCCGUGGCGGUCCACGAGCUUGUUCUUUUCGCGGAUUCGAAGACGAAAGACGGUACAAUGCAGAGAAGGCGAUGGGUGUUUCCCCGCCGCCAUCAUUUCACAACGCACUUACAACACCUUACAAACAAACAAUCAGAUAUUCACUCCAGUCAGGUUGCAGACCUCAUCGAGAGUGGGCUUCAGGGGAGGAAAACCGCCCAGAUCAAGACACAUCACCACCAUCAUUCCCCCCCUCGCAACGCAUGGGAGCGCUAUACUGACCAUCUACGAGCGGUAUCCCGGCUGCUCAGUUCUGAAGAAUCUGCCUUUGGGCUUCGAAUGGCCCUCGCGGCGUUUACCGUGGGAAUCCUGGCAUACCUGGAGAAGACCUGGACCUUCUACUACCAGCAGAGGCUCAUUUGGCCCUUGAUAGUAAUCCUGGUCGCCAUGAGUGUCGCCUCCGGAGAAAGUACCUUCAAGCUUGCAGCCCAAGUCAUGGGCGCGACCGCAGCAAUGGUGAUAUGCUAUCUCUGCUGGUAUAUCGUUGACGGCAAACCCGCAGGAGUUCUAACUCUUACCUGGCUUGCGUUCUUCGGUCUAUCGUACGGAUUCCUCAAGGUUCCCAAAUUCUUCGCCGUCUGGCUCUGCACCCUGGUCCCGAUCGUCGCCAUCAUCGGCAUUGCCCUGCAGUCGCAGAAGCUGGGGCAUACAACUCGUUCUUGCGGCUCUUUCAUCGCGUACGUGUGGACAGUGUUUCCCUACCCCAUCACGGACCGCGGGCUCCUGGGUGACAAGCUCGGAGAUAUGCUUUCCCUGCUUGCACAAUUCCAGGAUUGUGGGCAUUCUAUUGCAAGCCUCAAGCUGAGGGGGCCAGUGAAAGACGAUGACAUGAUGGCACUGGAUUUCUCUCCUAGCCCCGGUGGAGGAGGUGCGGGAAGACUCGCCGGCACGCAGGAGCAACUAUUCCAGCGUAUCAUGACAUUGGUCACCCCGUUAAGAAUGCAUGCGCUUUUCCAGAAAUUUAAUAUACCGAUUGGAGGGCGGUACCCCGUACGAAAUUAUAUGUCUAUCAUGCAAGAAGCACUGAGUAUAAUGAACUAUAUCAACCUCCUUAUUCACUCCUCACAGUCGUGGCCUUUGCUCUCUCACUCUUCCACCUUCACAUCAUCAAUGGUCCUCGAAUCCGUGUCCACUCAUUCCCACCAAAUGACAUCCGCCCUAUUACUCCUCUCCGCCUGCAUCAAACAUGGUACUCCAUUACCGCCGUACUUCCAAGCGCCGACCACAGUCGACUUCUCUCCUCUAUGGCAAGAGCUACGUGCUGAUUCCCUGCCACCGUCCGCCCUGACCGGAGAUAAAGAGGCGGUGCAGCGCGCUUGGGCCAUGAUGCAGAUGGUCACCGACAUAUCCAACGUGGCGUUAAUGAGGAUCAUAAAGCAUGCUCGAGAUUUGGUCGGCGAGGUGAACUUUGACAUGGAGGGGAGAUGA